AUGUCUUUGCUAUCAGAAUCAACACAUCUCAUCAAUGCUGCUGCAGUCCUCGGUCACCUAUUCCUCCUAGGCGGUUCCGUCGCAAUCAUCAGUCCGCGCAGUGCACUUGGAGCAUUCGGCCUCACAGUUCCCACAGCACCCGAAUCUCAGAGGCUGGUCGACUUGCUCAUCCCACUCUACGGCUUCCGCGAGAUCUCGCUCGGCAUCUCCAUGGUUGCUGCAUCCCGCUAUGGCAGCCCGAAGACUUUAGGUUGGGCUGUGAUGUCGUUGGGUGCAAUCACUGUUGGUGAUGCUUGGAUAGCACAGAAGCAGAGCAGGAAGAUGGGAUGGAUCUUUCUGGGGAUCACGCCAGUCACAACAGCUUUGGCAGCAGGUCUGUUGGGUUACUUUGACUGA